AUGCAAUCUGGGUCUGGAGCGAGCUGCCUCAACGGCACCGCCUCCACCACCAGUUGGCUUAUCAAGGACGGGCGGUCCUCUUUUGGCGCAACCCUCAUUUGCACUGGCGGGGGGACGUCGCUAACCAUGAACUCCUCUUCAGACUCUUCCUCCAAGAGCAGACGUCUCCGCCUUGGCAUCCCUGCUUCUUCAUUGACCGGCGCCCUUAGAGAGCUGGGCUCUCCCACUGGUCGGCUGCCUACCUUCCGUGCAACACGAAUCGGUUUGGCCUCCACGUGUUCUUCGACUUUGUCAUUCAACGGGCCUGAGCACGGGGCUCAUUUAGGCCGCCAUCAAUCUCCAUUGGGCUGA